AUGCAAAGGGUUAUAAAAAAAACAAAUGAUUACUGUGAAGACCACAAGAUUCCCUUCCCCCACAUUGACUUCAGCAAGCUCGAGGCUGAGCCUGUGAGAGAGCUUUAUGUAUUUGAAGACAAAGAGAACCCAGAGGCUCCCAUUCUGCUGCACAUGCCACUUGUCAAUGUUUCUUUUCGAGAGUUCAAGGCUCCUGGUCAACCACGGAAAGGUGAGGAGGAGAUGGAGGCGGGGAAAGUUGAUGUUAGCUCUGACUCUUCUCCCUACAAGACCUCCAACCUGACCUACUCUGUGAGGGACUACAGGUCACUGGUGGAUCUCACCACCUACAAUGUUGUCAACAACAAGGAUGCGAUCUUGAAGGCUCUUCGCAGUUCCCUGGAGAGGGCAGUGCCUGUGAAGGAAGAAGCCAAUCGGGAUCAUUGCCACCACUAACAUGUGGGAACCCGGUUAGAGUAAGAGAAAACACACCAAUAAUGGGUAUUUAGAAUUUAGGUUUUUGUCAAUCUAAAAUAUUCCGUUCAGUGAGGAAAGUGGUAGAAUUUCUGUAGAAACAUUGGUAUGGAGAACCAUGCAUGUUUCACAAAGACAUGGACAUUUAAAAAUACUAUUUUAUAAGGAUUUGGUUAUUCCGCCAAGAAUUAAAUUCAACACAGUUUGUAAGGCCGGGUGUCACCCUGCCCCCCACCUCUCAUAUGCUAAAAUCUGGAGUUGCUUCAAGCUUCUGCUUGAUGAGUCUCACACCUCAUUGUGUAACUUAUUGUCGCAUUGCUAGUCAUAUGUUGAUGAAUAAGGGUCAAGAUGUGGUCUGAUUGGUUGUUCGAGAGAUAAUAGUUGGGUAUAAAGAGAGUUAAGAAGCAACUUGUGAAGCAAAGGGGAUUCUUGAUCUCCUGAGAACUUCUCCUCAGCUCAUUCUCCUUGCUCAUUUCUUGAUUUAUUUCUCUGAUUUUAGAAUAAUCGUGGUAGAGUAGGUAAGAUUUAAAACCUUAAUCUUUGUAACAUGUUUGCCUUGUAAUUGAUUUAAUUCAAUUG